CCAGCUUCCGGUUAUCUCGAUAGAAUUUUAUGCCAAUUUGAUCUUAACUAUCAACAUCAAUUCAUUAAUUUUCACCAUGGCCGCGAAGAGUGAGCCGAAGGAUCCAACAGCUGAGGAGGCAAUUACGCUCUUCAAGGCCGUGGAGGAGAAGUUCCCGUCGAAGACUCUUGGAAAUGACAAGUGGUAUAUUGUGACGUUUGCGGCGAUGGUAGGAGGAGGGCAGGCAGAAUUUGCACCGGCGCUGUACUUGCAGCUCAUUCAGCGCCCUGAAUUUUCAACUUCGGAUCAGCGACAGGCUCUGAUGCGAAGAAUUCGCGAGACCAUGAUGAAGUUGGCAUGCGUUGCCGGCGUGUGCAAGCCACUCGAGGCGAUCUUCGAUAUAGAUGCGGCGACAAGACCGGAGGAUAAGGACUAUUCGUUCUCAAGAAAAGGAUGGCAGGCGGACGAGGCAAACCGCCAGCGCGGAUUUGCCUGGCAAGACCGAAUAUACAAGCACAAUCAGGCAAAGAUUGACGACACACUUUCUUCACAGAAGGAUUUUGAUUGGCUCAGUAAAGAGAUUAGUUACGGUUUAUACUUGUCUGAUCAUAGUAUCCUCAACGACGUCGAAACGGAGCUCACAGUACUGGCCGGCAUUAUGAUCCAGAAUUUGCCUCGCGAGACAGGUUGGCAUCUCCGUGGUACGAGGCGAAUCGGAGUAAGCAAGGAGGAUGUAGAAACCAUCCAGCAAUGCAUUGAGCUAAUCGCUAAAUUCUGCAGGCUUCGACUUCAUAAAGUCCCUAGAGUAGCUGACAUUGAGCAUGAAGUUUGAGUCUAGGGAGGCGCUUAUAGGAUCUUCUGGGGAGAUACAAAUUAAAUUUAG